AGAGAGACUUUUGCACAGCUUGUCCACCUUGUUAUUCCCCUGCCAGCUCCAGCAUGCAUGUCUGCCUCUCUGUUAUUUUGUGGCUUCGCGUCUGAAUGCACGUCUCACUCUGAUUUCCAGCAUCUGCUUCUCGUCCAGCAACUCAUUCAGCACCACACCGAGAGGACACAGCAGCAAGUCGUCAUUCUGGAGGGAAAGGACCCAGUCGAGUCCAGCAGGGGGGAUGGAGAGGGCGGGGAGGCCAGUCCCUUCAGCCCAAACCCUGCUGCCUCUCUGCCUCUGACCCAGGCAGAGAGCGCCAGGCCCUGGCAGAGUGAGAGCCUGCUGGCAGAGUCCUGGUCCACAAUGGGUGACGUGGACCCCGAGGACACCAAGAGCCUCGACAGCAGUGACGGGGCAGUUCUUGCCGGAGAGGAGAACCACUCCUCCAACUCUGACAUGGUCCACCUGGAGCGAGAGGAGGUCGAGAUGCUUGAGGAGGCAGAGAAGGAGGCCGCGGAGGAGGAGAGGUCAAGGAGAACAGAGGAAGAGGAGGAAGAAGAUGAGGAGCUGCAGACGAGUGUGUUGAGUGUUUUAGGUGGGGAAAGGGAGCUGGUGGAGCUCAGGGAGGAGGAGCAGCAGGACCUCAAGGCCCCAGAAACUGAAGAGCUCCUGGUGUCAGCAGAGGAACCUUACGUGGAGAAGAAGCCCGCAGAGUUCAAGCAAGUGGUUCCCCCGAUGGCCCUGCCUCCUCUGCCUAUCGUCAAGCUUGAUCCCCCCUCCACGACGUCCACCCCGGUCCCUUCAACCACAACCGCUGAAGCUGAGGAGCUUUAUUCCAUUCAGGGGCUCUACCCUCCGUCUAUCCUUACACCGAUGGCAGCAGAGCCCCCAGUGGAGAGUCUCGAGCAACCAAAAUUCUCACAGAUCCCUCUCUCAGAUGUGGAGGAACAUUCAGUUAAAGAGUCUCAAGCAGCGCCAGAAAAGCAGGAGCUGCAGACUACCAAACCUCUCAGCUCCACAGAGCUGCUGUGGGGGGGUGCUGCUUUAGUAGCUGUUGUUGGAGUAGUGGCAUAUGGUGCCGUGGCCUACUGCAGAAAGUAGAAAAACCCUCUCCCUCAACUCUGAAUUACCCUUUCAACACAGGUCUUUUCUGUUUUUAAAUCUAUUCCAAGUGAAUUAUUUCACUUCACUCUCUGAAUUCUGGAUUUUACUCUCUGACACUCUUUGUAUUAUAGUUAUUAACAGACACAUUAAUUUGAAUUUCAGAUUUGUUUUGUGCUACCUCAGCUCACAGCCGAGCUCAUGGCCUUUGUUUUUUCUGAAUUCAAUAGAUCUCUGAGGAAAUUAAGCCAGUAAAGUGUAAAUCGAGAAUGUAAAAUCAUGUAAGGUACAAUUUUAAAGAAUCCUGAAACUUGAA